AUGGAAAAAGCUAAUCAGACCUCCCCCCUGGUGGGGUUCAUUCUCCUGGGCCUCUCAGCCCACCCAAGGCUGGAGGAAACAUUCUUUGUGCUCAUCCUGCUCAUGUACCUGGUGACCCUGCUGGGCAACGAGGUCCUCAUCCUGGUGACCAUCCUGGACUCCCGCCUACACAAGCCCAUGUACUUCUUCCUGAGGAACCUCUCCUUCCUGGACAUCUGCUACACAACCUCCUCAGUCUCUCUGGUCCUGGAUGGCUUCCUGGCCCCCCAGGAAACCAUCUCUUUCUCCACCUGUGCCGUGCAGAUGUUCCUCUCCUUUGCCAUGGCAGGGACAGAGUGUGUGCUCCUGAGCGUGAUGGCGUUUGAUCGCUACGUGGCCAUAUGCAACCCCCUUAGAUACCCUGGGGUCAUGAGCAAGGCUGCCUAUGUGCCCAUGGCUGCCAGCUUCUGGGCUAUUGGUGGUGUUGCUUCUCUGGUACACACAUCCUUGGCAAUUCAGUUGGCCCUCUGUGGGGACAACAUCAUCAACCACUUCACCUGUGAGAUCUUGGCUGUCCUGAAGUUGGCCUGUGCCGACAUCUCCAUCAAUGUGAUCGGUAUAGGGGUGACCAAUGUGAUCUUCCUGGGCGUCCCAGUUCUGUUCAUCUCUGCCUCUUAUGUCUUCAUCAUUGCUACCAUCCUGAGGAUCCCCUCAGCUGAGGGGAGGAAAAAGGCCUUCUCCACCUGCUCUGCCCACCUCACUGUGGUGAUAAUAUUCUAUGGGACCUUAUUUUUCAUGUAUGGGAAGCCCAUGUCUAAGGACCCUCUCCUGGGGGUAGACAAAGAGGAUCUUUCAGACAAGCUCAUCUCCCUCUUCUAUGGGGUGGUAACCCCCAUGCUCAACCCCAUCAUCUACAGCCUGAGGAACAAGGAUGUGAAGGCCACUGUGAGAAAACUGGUGAGUCAGAAAUUCUGGAAAAAAAAAUAG